UACAUAUAUUUGAAAAAUUUUAUGAAAAGUUUCAUUUUGAAUACAACGAACAAAUAUGCAACCAUGUUCCAUAGCACUGACUGAACACACCACAUUACGAACAGCUGAUUGCAAUUCUCUACCUUGAAUAUCCUCCGCAGAAUAUUUGCAAAAUUCUAAUCUAACCUAAUAGAUAUAAAAAGUACUUUAUGUAGCUCAGUGGUUAUUUAUAAAUGGGAAGAAAACGCCAAUAAACACUGAGUAAAUACAUACUAUACGCCUAACAUAUUAAUAAAUUUACUAAGGGAAACGUUACGGGAAUUGUGAUGCAAGGAGUAGGCACUGCGACGACGGAUUUUACACAGCCGCAACCACAUCAUCUGCAGCAGCAACAGCUACAAACACAAACACGACGGAAGCAGCAAGUGCCCAUGAAUAAUGUAAAUGAUUGGAGGCCAUUCGUUUACGGUGGACUAGCGUCAAUUACAGCGGAAUUUGGUACUUUUCCGAUUGACACCACGAAAACACGCCUACAAAUUCAAGGUCAAAAAAUUGAUCAAACAUUCUCGCAGCUAAGAUAUCGUGGCAUGACCGAUGCUUUUAUAAAAAUUUCACAAGAAGAGGGCCUUCGUGCCCUUUACUCUGGCAUCUGGCCCGCCGUGCUGCGUCAAGCUACCUACGGCACCAUCAAGUUCGGCACUUAUUAUACGCUCAAAAAAUACGCGCAUAACUACGGUUUACUUGUAGAUCAUGAAACCGGUGGCGAACGUGUGUGGGCGAAUAUUUUGUGUGCGGCAACGGCGGGUGCUGUCUCCUCGGCCAUAGCCAAUCCGACUGAUGUGUUGAAAGUGCGUAUGCAAGUGCACGGCAAAGCGGCGCAUCAACAUGGUUUGUUAGGUUCAUUCCUGGAAAUCUACCGUUAUGAGGGUGUGCGCGGGCUAUGGCGCGGCGUUGGGCCAACAGCGCAGCGUGCUGUCGUUAUUGCCUCGGUGGAGUUGCCUGUUUAUGAUUUUUGUAAAAUGCAAUUGAUGACUGCAUUUGGCGAUCAUGUGGCGAAUCAUUUUGUCUCCAGCUUUAUAGCCAGUUUGGGCAGCGCGAUCGCCUCAACGCCAAUCGAUGUGAUAAGGACGCGUCUCAUGAAUCAGAAGCAUUUAACGGUUGUUAAUGGUGUGGCGGUGGCGAAUACGCAAAAGCUUUAUAAAGGCAGUUUCGACUGCGCGGUGCAGACUGUCCGCAACGAAGGCAUAUUAGCGCUCUACAAAGGCUUCAUACCCACCUGGGUGCGCAUGGGCCCUUGGAAUAUCAUAUUUUUUAUAACCUACGAACAAUUGAAGAAACUCUAAAAACAUUUCAUCCACAUCUUUGUACAGUAUAAGUCGCAUUUACAAAGACUUUUCAAAUCAAAACAUUAUGCAUAAGUAGCGUUAAUCAUAUGAAGCCAAAAA